AUGCCUCAACAUCUUACUCAAGAUUCUAAAUUAUCUUAUGAGGAGUGUGUCAUUAAAGAGAAUGGUGAUCAUGACCUUGAAGAUGUGAAGGUUGAUAUUGCUAUAGUUGAUGGUGGUGUUGUUAAUAACCAUAAUCAUGCAUUUGAAGAUGUGAAGACACUAGGAGUGCCACUAAACUCUUGUGAAGUUACCAAGUGUUCAAAGAGGGCAAGGAAGAUAUCUACUGAUGUGCCAGACAUCUUGAGUGACAUAGUGGAAACGGAGUUCCCAACUCAGAGGAAGGAUGAGCAAGAUGUCAUUGGUAACUAUGAAGAAACUAGAAUACUUAAAUUAGUGACAUAUGAUGAAGAAAAUGUCUUGGACAUAGUGUUCAUCAUACAGAAAAUGGCAGAUAACAAAAAGGAUGUUGGAGAUAUAAUGGAGUCUUCGGUAAAUAAGGCCAAGGAAGAUGGAUUUGUUAGGAAUAACAUCGUCAUAGUUGAACCUUUUGGUGGAACAUUAGGAACUAAGAAGAUUAUGAUCACAAAUUUAAAUCCUGAGAAGAUAAGAAAGAUAGAAGUUAUCGUUGUAGAGCUAAUGGAAUCAAGUGAUUCAAGUGACUCUGAGUCAGAUGAUGACAAUUUGAAUUGGCUUUUGAACUAA